AACAUUAUAUGGUAUCGAUCUGGAUAUUAACCUGUUGAAUAUAGAGAGUUUUGAACAAUCAUUAUUGAAUAAAGAUGAUGAUAAUGUAUUUGAUGAAAUACAAGAUCAAUUACCAUUAUUGGCUAUGAGUACAAUACCGAUUGAAGAUAUUAUUGAUGAUGAUAUAACUGAUCGACGUUGUGCUAAAUAUAUACAAAGGCAUCAACAACCAAUUGGACAAUGUACAUUUAUUGAUGAUGAUAAUGAUGAUGAUGAUGAUGUCGGUGAUGGUGAUGUUGGUGAUGGCCAAAACAAAUUUAUCGGCAGUGAUACUGACGGUAGCAGCAAUAAUAAUGAUGAACAUUACAAUUGUUUGGAUUGUAAUCAAUGUUUCAAUGAUCAAAUAUCUACACUUAAACAUGCAAGAAAACAUGUAUUACAGGAAGAAAUUACAUCAUUAAUAUUUGAAGAAACAAAUGAUCCAAAUUAUUGUAAUCCAGAAUGUUUAUUCAAUCAAAAUGUACGACAUUUACAUUGUCGUAUGUAUGGCUGCAUAUUUACAUUAUCGGUUGAAGAUAAAACAUUGAAAAAAUUUGAACAUUAUAAAUUUCAUGAAGAAUUACAAUGCAAUUAUUCAUUUGAUUCGGAUGAAUCAGCGUUUGCUAAUCUAAGUGGAUAUUUAUCGGUGGAAAAUCCACCACAAACCCCGACAUCAUCAUCACAAUCAACACCGCCACCACCACCAUUACAACAACAACAACAGCAAUUAACCCUUCAACCGUUUAUGUCUGGUGUAACGGCAACAACAUCAUCACAAUCAAUUCCAACAACUUCGAUAACCAAAUCUAAAUCAUCAAUGAAUAAAUCCAAACAAAUAUCAUCACCAUUACAACAGUUAUAUUCAUCUGGAACUAUUUUAACAUCUAUCGAUGGUAUGCCUAUUUUAAAACGUAAACGUGGUCGUCCACCAAAAAAUCGUUCAAAUGAUAUGCUAACAACAACAACAACACCAACAAAGAUGUCAAAAAAUAAUUCGAAAAAUAAUCGAUCAGCAUCAACAAUACAACCGAUUACAUCAGCAGCAGCACCAUUAUCAUCAUUUGAUUUUGCACAAGCAUUCAAUCUACCAUUAAAUCAUGUACAAUUUUUAGCAAAUUUUCCACAAACAAAUGAUGAUGAUCUAUCUAAAACUAUACCGAUACCAUUCAUAAUGCCAUAUAUAAAAUCAUCAAUACAUCAUCAAGGUUUUUAUGUAUUCGAUGAAGAAACAAUAUGUCCAGAUGUAACUUGUAAUCAUAUUGGACGAAAACAUUUUCAUUGUUCAAGACCAAGAUGUUUUUUUAGUACAAAUCAAGAUGAUAAACUUGUUGAACAUUCAAAAGAUUUUCAUGAUAAUAUUGAUAUUCUUGAAGGUUUUGUUUAUUUUGAUCAAAAUAUUGAUUGUAAAUCCGAUUAUUGUCGUCAUAAUCAUCAAGAAUGUCAUUUUCAUUGUACACGUAUUGGUUGUAAUUAUUCAUUUGUACGUUAUUCAUCGAUGGCCAUACAUGAAAAAGAACAUAUAGAAAAAUUACGAUCAUCAUCAUCAUCUUCAACAAUAGAUCAGAAAACAAUCGAUGAUAAUCGUUCAGAUGAUAAUAAUGAUGAUGAUGAUGACGAAAAUGACGGUGAAUUUUCACCAAUGUUAACCAUACGUUCAUCACUAAAUGAUGGAAAAUUUGAAAAUGAUGAAAACGAUGAUGACAAUGAUGAUUAUGAUGAAAUAAAUGAUGAAAAUAUUAACCAGAAACAAAAUGAUGAUGAUAACGAUGGAAGCGAUAAUGAUUUAGAUCAUGUAAUGGAUAAAAAAACAAAUUCUGAUGAAAAAUCUGUAGAAUCAAACAACAAUAAAGAUACGGAUAUUGUUGAUCGAAAAAUGAUGAUGAUGAUGAAUAAUAAAAAUGUUAAUGAUUUGAAUGUGAACAAUGAUUUAUCGAAUGUAACAUUAUCAACAUUACAACAAUCAUUACAGAAGCUAUUUCAAUCACGAAUGGAAACAGAAUCAUCAUCAACGACAACAACAUCGAUACCAUCGAUGAUAACAACUGCUGCUUCAACAUCGACCGCAUCUUUAUCAUCAUCAUCGUCUGCCAUCAAUAAGUUUGAUGAUAUAAUUAAAUUACAUCCAAUUUAUGAUGAACAAAACGAUCAAAAUUGUCAAAGUCCAUUCUGUAAACUAAAACGACGACAACAUUUACAUUGUAAUAUUUGUAAUCAGGCAUUCACUAGUUAUGAUCGUUUGAUACCUCAUUUUACCAAACAUCAAAUGAUAAUGACCUCAUCAGGAAUGAAAUCCGAAUCAACAACAACAACACCAGUUGAAUGUCGUGAUAAAAUUGAUGAAAUUUCAACAUCAUCAAAUCCAUUAUUGAAUCCAAAUUUAACGAAUGAAUUUUUUCAAUUAUUUCUAAAUAAUUUAAUGAAUUUUCCAUCAACAACAACAGCAGCUACAACAUCACCGGUUGUGACAUCAUCAUCGACAAUAAAUCCAGCUUUGUUAUCGAUGAUGGCAUCAAACAAUCCAUUGUUACAGAAUGUAACAACAAAAGCGGAAAGUUCAACCGCAACAACAACAACAACAACAUCUCGAUCAGCAUCGGUAAACAAUAAACGACGACGAAAAUAUUCAUUUUCAAGCGAUAGUUCUGGUUCCAUAAUCAAUGAUAAUGGUAUAAUUAAUGAUAUAAAUAAAAAACAAAAAAUAAUCGAUGAUGAAAAUGAAAAUGAUGAUAAAAAUAAAGCAACGACAAUAAUGAUUGCUGGUGAUGAAUCAUCACCAAACGGUUAUGCUAGAUUUCGUUUCAAUGAAGAUUGUAGUUUUUUAUCCUGUGUUUAUCGUGAACAUCAAACACAUUUUCAUUGUAUGCGAAAAGAUUGUGGAUAUUCAUUUUGUGAUAAAACACGUUUCGUACAGCAUACAGCACGACAUGAACGUUUAGAUACAUUAAUGGGUGGUGAUUUUCAACAAUUUCGUGCAACAAUCGAUUGUGGCCAUUCAGAUUGUCCAUAUUCAUCAUUCAAAUCGAUUAAUUUUAAUCAUAAUUUAAAUAAAACAUCACAUUUUCAUUGUUUAAAAUGUAAUUAUCGUUGUUCGGAUACAAAUAAAGUUGUUGCACAUCGUCGUCAACAUAAUAAAAUGGAUAAUAUAUUAGCGGCUGGUUUUGAUAAAUAUUCAUCAAAUCAAGAUUGUCUAAUUGAACAGUGCAAUUAUAAAUUAAAACAAACACAUUAUCAUUGUAAUCAUUGUAAUUAUUCUGUACUUGGUUUAUCACAAAUGUCAUUACAUAAACAAAAACAUCAUCAACAACAACAACAACAACAAGAAUUAGGACAAAACAAUAAUAAUAAUGAUAAUGAUAAUUCUUCUUCUUGUUUACAAAAUGAAUCACCUGGAUCAUCCUCACCUCCUCCAUCAUCACCAUUGGAAUCGCGAUAGCUUAAAUCCAAUUACACAAACAUACACACCAAAGAACAAAAUAAAAGAUUUAUGUUUUUCAGAAUAUUUAUUACACUAUUUAUUAAUGAAAAAUUUUUUCAAAUUCCUUAUCAUCAUCAUCAUUAUAUUUGGGCAAACAAAACCGAUUCUCAUUUUUUUUUUUUUAUAA